GGUGGUACACUUAUUAGAACUGCUGGUUGUAGACUACGAGCUGCAUAUAAUUUAAUUAAAAAUGGAAUUGAUGCCUUGAUUGUUUGUGGUGAUGGUACAUUAACUGGUGAAUUAACUAAAGAAGAAGUCGCUCCACAUGCGAAUCUCACUAUCGUUG